AUGGAAGCUCUUGCUGUAUUCGGACUAGUGAGCAACGUCCUCCAAUUCGUCGACAUGGCUUACAAGAUAAUAUCUGCAUCAAGACCGUAUCUGUCAGAGCUUUCUUACUCUUUGACGGUGGCACACAUCGGCGCCAGGACCGUCUUCUCAAACAUCGAGUUCAGUGAACAUGCAGCUCUCCAACUCGUUCAAAAGCCCCCGGGCCACGUCCUCCCCAGCAUCCUAUGCUCUUUGGGCGGAUUUCUCUUCGGCAUUGACACCGGGAUCAUUGGUCUUGGUACCGUAAUGGGGGACUUCGCGGCGUAUGUGGGUAACCUUUCCCCGGCGAUCUACGGGUUGAUCGUAUCUUCCAUCCCGAUUCCCGCUGCAAUUUCGUCCCUCUUCGCUGGGAGGUUAGCGGAUGCGCUCGGCCGCCCUUACGAAAUUGCUAUUGGCUCCCUUGUUUUCGGCGUCGGUGCUGCCUUUGAAGGCGCCUCCGUUCAUAUCGCCAUGUUUAUCGUCGGUCGCAUUAUCGAGGGGAUCGGCGAGGGCCUUUAUUUAAGUGUGUUAGUAGUGCAGUUGCUCAUUACUGUUGGAUUAGUUACAGGGUACUUCACCUGCUACGGUACGGCUAACAUCCAGUCCUCAUCUUCGUGGCGGCUACCUUUCGUUCUGCUAGCUGCUUAUGCUAUUGCACUUCCCUUCGCCGUUCUUAUAUGGCUUCCUGCGUCUCCGGUAGGGAUAGAUGUUUAA